GUGACGUAUUCGUGUCAAUAGACAAGAACGGCGUCUAGUUAAAAAUUUGGAGUAUUUUGGACCAGACCAGACCUUACCUACUCGACGACGUUUAAAGUCGACUAAUAAUUGAAUGUUGUUUAUAUACUUCAGUGGGGAUUAAUUGUCGGUCAGUGGGAAGUCAAUGACGUAUAUCGUUCGGGAAUAAUAAGUUACCUGAGCCUAAGGUGUUUGUUUGGCUUAGUUGGUGCACUAUUGUCAGAAGAUCGUAUCAAUUCGACCACCAGUCGCAUCUCAACAUCUAUAAGAUAUUUGAAUAUGAUAUGUUAUAUACCUAAUGGACUGUGAGGCAAGUAGUGCUCUAUUCUGAUCUAUUCACAGUAUUUGUUUUAAGUAAUUCGAACAAUAUACUCGUGUUUGGAGUUGUAAUUCAUAUUUAUACUGUCCUCCUGUUGAUUUAAUUAUAAAAAAGCACAAUUAUUACAUGGCUUCAACUUCGACGAUUGUGGAAGCUAUCUUCCUGGUGUUUGUAUUUAUCGGGGCUCUUUCUGGCAAUGUAAUGUUAUUUUACAUCGUUGCGAAAAUCCGAACUCUUCAAACGAAAGGGAAUGUAUUUAUAUUGAACCUAGCUGCUGCUGAUUUAUUGGUUGCUGUUGUGAACUUGCCUAUAACUAUUGUAACAGUGAUUGCAGAAGACUGGAUACUCGGACGGACAGUUUGUCUCAUGUCUGGCUUUACAACUUUGCUCACUUUCGUCGCCUCGUGUAUGGCGUUGUCAAUGAUCAGUAUAAAUCGUUAUCAUGCGAUAGUCCAUUGGACCUCCUACGAGAAUACCUACACAAAACGGAAGUGCGUUCUUUAUGUAUGCAUUACAUGGGGUAUAACUAUUGCGUUGUCAAUUCCGCCGUUUUUUGGCUGGGCAAAGUUCGCGUACGAUCCUGGACAAAGUUAUUGUUUUGCUGAAUGGACGGUGAGCGAAUCGUAUACGAUUUUUAUGAUUUCAGUUUGUUUGCUGGGACCUUUGUCAAUAAUGAGUUACUGUUAUGUGAAAAUAAUACGUUUUCAUCAAGAGAGCGGCAGAGAUGUGGUAAGAGCCACCGUGUCAUCGGCAGCUACAACGUUAAGUAUUACAGCUCCUCAAUUACAUAGACGUCCAAGUAAAAAACGUCUGACAAGAACGAUCGUUACAUUAAUCGCUGUCUUUGGAUUCUGUUGGUCUCCAUUUGCACUCAUUAUGAUGGUGCAGGUGUUUUCUAGCGCCCAUGUUCCACGCGAAGUCGAUUUUGGCUCGCUAGUCUUGGGUUACCUGAACAGUUUUCUCAAUGUGAUUGUUUACAACGUCACGAACAGAAAGAUCAGACAGGAAUUUAAGAACUUAUUUUUGAACGUUUUUAGAAAGAAAACUCAGCCGGAUUCUGUUGAUAGGUCGUACAGUGUAUCUACCGGAAAUUAUAUUUAAUAUUAUGAGACACGAAAUCGUGUUGAACACUUAAAUAGCAGUCCAGUUCGUUUUGCCCAUGAGACAUAAGUGAUGUGCUAGUUUUGAUUGCAUAUUUAUUUGUUGCAAAGGAAUCGUGCUAUUUAAUUGAUCAAACACGUUUGGUCAAUUAUUUUAUUGACCAAACACGUUUGGUCAAUUAAAUUGGCACUCGGGUCGGAAUUUUUAUUUUCAUAUUUUCUUAAAAUGCUCUUAAAACUGUAUAGUAACUUGCUUUGAAGAUUUUUGUUCCCAUGCUUAGUUCUUGAGAUAUUAGAUCUUGUUUGUAACUAUGUGACGUCAAUGACCCAAUUACAUAUAUAAUGAGAUAUCAAUAAUUGUUGUAUAUCUUUCCUAUUUUUUAUCAAAUCUUUUCAAAGAUGCGGCGCGUUUCUUAAUUUAACCUACAUCAUAGAGGAAGCUGUUUUUUUAAACAAAUCCAUCAAAAACAUCAAAGAUACACAACAAUUACAGAUGUCUCAUUAUAUAUGUAAUUGAGUCAUUGACGUGACACGGUUACAAACAAAAUUAAUUAUCUCAAGAAUUAAGCAUGGGAACAAAAAUCUUCAAAACAAGUUACUAUACAGUUUUAAGAGCAUUUUAAGAAAAUAAGAAAAUAAAAAUUUUGACGCGAGUGCCACUUUAAACGGCCCAGUCUCACGGUCUCAUGCACACAGCUAGUUAUCUUUGAGAAUCAAAUACGUUUGGAAACUCAGUCUCGCGGUCUCAGCACACAUGUUGAAAUUAUCGAGUGGAAAUUUAUAUAUAUUUAUUAAACCUAAACUUUAGGUCCGUGUCAGGAAUCGAACGUGGGGCCUGCAAUUCCGGUGCAGCGUCCUAACCAACUGAGCUACAGAGGCCAGUUAAAUUAAGGUUAAAAAAAAAAUUCCGGACAAAUACCUGUAAAAACACGGGUAAAACACAUUUUUUAAAAUUACACCUUUUGUGGCCUCCCUUUUGCAAAUUUGGGUGGCCCCUUUAACUGGGGGCCUGGGGCAAAUUGGCCCCUUUGCCCGCUGCACCGGAAUCGCAGGUUCGAUUCCUAGCAGGGACAACAAAAUCUUGAUAUUCAGCACAUAUAUGAAACGACGAAACAAUAGAGUCAAAAUUUAUUUUUUCAAAUUCAAAUCAAGUCUCUCGUUGAUGUAUCAACAUCUUGUUGGCAUUUCACUCGAUUGAAUAAUAUACUAUAUAGUUGAAUAAUGCAAUAGUUGAAAACCCUUCAACUCUCGUUUUUUUAUUUUUAUUUUACAGAUUUUCCAUUUAACACAAACUAUUACAUAAAAUUAGUUAGACAAUAGAUUACAUGGCUGGAAUUACCGCGCACAGAGAUUAGUUCUCCAAUAACAGGGUUGGUUGACCUAUGGCCUCGUUUUCAAGUGGUUUUUCCUUAAUGUUUAGUUCAUAAUAUAUAGUUAAGGAUAGACUUGUGAUUGGAGAAGAGAAAGAUAUUUGUCUACGGAACAUGAGAACAUAACCUUCAUGUGUAACAAAUAGGUGAACAUGGAAACGAGGCCAUUGGGACAAAAUGUAAUAAACAGUAAAAUCUAUUGCUACAAGAAAAGACAAACUUUUAUCCGUUCCUUGCAAGUUAAAUUGCUCUUUAAAUACAAGAUUCCAUAUUCUGGUAGGCCCAUACAGUGAUAUUAAUGAGAUUAUAUAUUAUAUAAAACAAAAUUAUGUGAACGAAUAUACCAUGCGCAUGUGUUUGACGACCUCUUUAAAGCAUGUUAAGCUAGCAGACGCCAUAAAGUGUUGAUAUUCCAUUUCAGUCCCUAUAAGAUAGCUGCUGUCUUUUUCAUUGAUGGACAUGUGCUGUGGGUUUAUAGUUUUGUUUUCUUGACGCAAAGUGAGAACGCGUAUAGCACCUUCCAUUGGUCCAAGGUCCAGAUCGAUAAAACACUUUUACGUAUCAAGCGGAAAGGGU